CCGGCUCCGGGGCGCCUGCGCGGGGCAGCGGCAUGGCUACCCGGGCCAAGCGGAGAGCGCCGGGGCCGCCCGAGCGCCGGGAGCCGGGCGGGGAGGAGCAGGACUCGGACUCGGAGCAGCGGGACUCGGCCUCCGAGGAGGAGGAAGAGAUCAGCGAGGAAGUGAAUGUUGAAUUUGAAGCACAUUCGAUAUCAGAUAAUGACUAUGAUGGGAUAAAGAAAUUACUGCAACAGCUGUUUCUAAAAGCUCCAGUUAAUACCGCUGAGUUAACUGACAUAUUAAUACAACAGAAUCACAUUGGGAGUGUAAUCAAGCAAGCAGAAGUUCAAGAUGAAAGUGAUGAUGAAGAUGAAGAAGAUGAAGUCUUUGGCUUCAUAAGCCUCUUAAACUUAACUGAAAGGAAGGGUACUCAAUGUGCUGAACAAAUAAAAGAGCUGAUUCUAAGCCUGUGUGAGAAGAACUGUGACCAGAGUAUGGUUGAACAGCUGGAUAAGCUCCUAAAUGACACCACCAAGCCUGUGGGCUUCCUACUAAAUGAAAGAUUCAUUAACGUACCACCACAGAUCGCUCUGCCCAUGCACCAGCAGCUUCAGAAAGAAUUGGCUGAAACUCAAAGAACAAAUAAGCCAUGUGGAAAGUGCUACUACUACCUUCUCAUCAGCAAGACCUUUACAGAGAUAGCAAAGCGCAGCUCUAAGAAGAGAGGAGAGAGCACACAGCAGAGAGAGGAAUUAAUGUUUGCAAAUGCGGAGGAAGAAUUCUUUUAUGAGAAAGCCAGUCUGAAGUUCAGCUAUUCUGUGCAAGAGGAGAGUGACACGUGUUUGGGAGGAAGAUGGUCCUUUGAUGAUGUACCAAUGAAACCUUUGCGAACUGUUAUGUUGAUUCCAUCUGAUAGGAUGAAUGCAAUCAUGGAUAAACUGAAAGAAUAUCUCUCAGUCUAGGCAGUUUCCUUGGAUAAUAUUUUUUAUAAAGCAACCAUGCAAAACUAUAUUCCUUUUGAAUAGCUUCCCAAAAGUUUUAUAAUGUCAUCAGUUUUAUGUUCCUCAGGAAUCACCUUUGUAUACUAGUGAAACGUGUAGGUUGUACAACUAACAAUGUCAAUCAUACUGUUACUAUAAAAUACUAUAUCCUAGUAGACUUUGGAGUCACCAUUAAGAAUGCAAUAAAAAAAAAACCUACAUCCCUAAGACUUCUAAAGAAGUUAAUUUUUCUUCUCUUUCCUGUUAAAUACCUGUGUAUUUCAAGUUGAAAAAACAUUGAAUGGAUUAAUUUUGGGACAUACUGCACAUACUGGUUCUGUUUGGUUGAAAGUAGUUGGAUAUAAAAGUCAUUGAAUAAUUCAUCUUUGUUCAGCAGGAGUUUGGGGAUAUUUUUCAUAUUCUUUCUUACUGUUUUAUUUAAUGUUCCUCUUUCAUUGUUGAAAUAGGUGAUAAAUGAUUACUUCCUGCAGAAUCUCCUUGCUUUCUCUAGGAGGCAGAUUGCUAAAAUAUUAUUGAGGUGCCAGUUCCACAAAUCUGUUGAGAAAGGGAAUAAAAUAUAUUUUUUAAAAGAUGAAACUUUAAAUGCUUUAUAUAUACAUCUCAUGGUUUGUGCAAAAAAGUGCUUGGAGCCAGUGAUAUGUGCAACUGCAUAUUUAAUGCAUCAACAAUUGGUAUUAGGUUUAGUUCAAAAAGAAAUACUGCCACCAAAAUAUAGCUGUAUGUUUGUGCUUGAAGCAGACUUGCAAAUUAACAUGCUCAGCCUGCACUUGGAGUGAUUGGGUUCAGUUCCCAGUGCUGCAAAUCACAUUAAAUAUUAAUUAUGGAGUUUUUCUGUAUUUGAGUGCACAGCAUGCUCAACAAAAUACAGAGAGAGGGUGCAUUCUUUAGAGCCCGGGGAAGGAGAAAUCAGAGGGAAACUUUCCUGGCAGUUGUAUGGGAUGACUCAGUUGCAUAGGCAUAUAAAAAAAGCAUUUGCUGGAAGUGUCAUUUUGGGGGAAAAAACUGGUUAACUUUCUCAAAUUAUUUUAAUAGAGGAAUCUUGCUACUUUAGCUCUUCUUUGGUCUUAAUGCUAAAGUACAUUUUCCGUUUUUAGAAAUGCAUGUUUAAUCAUUUUAGGGACAUUCUUUUUUACAUGGAUUGAGUACAAUUACAGUGACAGACUUUGAGAUGUACAGGAAGAUGCAGUGUGGUACAGUGUGAUGUGGGGAAUGUACAGUCUGAUUUCCUGUAUUUUUUUAGUGAAAAACUUAAUAAAAGGUCGGUAUACAUACAA